CAGCGCAACACUGUACAGACUUUACUGCGAAGUUAAAGCGCAGGCGAAGCAAUGGAGAGGAACCGCUUCAAAAUGCUCGUUUAAUGUUUGAAGAAAAGUAAGACAGAUUCAGUGUAUGUUGCUGUGAGAAGAGAAGGUUCACACAGUUCAAGAGAGAGUGAUUGACAGCGUGAUGCGAUCGAUCGUUUCCUCCCAACAAUAGAAUAUAUACAGUUUUAGAUGCCCAGUUUAUUGUCAUGUCCUGGUGGUCUAAUAGUCAUUGGUGUCAUCUAUCUCUUCUCUGUCAACAUCAAAUCGGAGAUAUGGACCAAUGAAGUUUCAGAUGUCCAAUUUGGCAGACUGGGCUCCAGGGUCACCCUCACAUGCAGAGGCUCCCACGGCGGGUCUCCAGUGGAAUGGAGGCUCAAUGGAAGCUCAGUACAGCCGUGGCAAGCACAGAUCUCAGAGGGUUCGCUUACGCUCCUGAACGCCACGCACUCCAUGGAGGGCAACUACAGCUGCCACGAUGAUAGAGGGACUUUACUGCAGACCAUCAAACUACGGCUGGGACAUCAGCCUCAUUUUGUCCAUAUUUCUUGCCGUGUACCAAAUCAUAAUAAAAUUUACUUUUCCUGGACUCAGACUAAGACAACACACCUGCCAACACGGUACAUCUCCUCCUACAGCACAAAAAUAGGAGUGGUUGAAUCCUGCGAGCAGGACAACAAUGGGGAGAAUGAAUGUUCCAUCACUAACCCUCCAUUCUGGGCUGCAAAACUCCUGGUGAACGUCACUGAGAUCAACCCGCUGGGAUCCAAUUCCACCAUCUUCAAAGGAGACGUUCUCAAACUCUUAAAACCAGAUCCUCCAGAAGAUGUUAAAGUUGUGCAGGUGGAUGGUCUGCCCACCCAGUUACUGGUCCAGUGGAAAUAUCCUGAGUCCUGGCCUGACGAAAUGACGGGUGCCUUUCCAUUAAAAUUCUUACUGCGAUACCGGCCAAUUGGCUCCAGCUUCUGGUCAUCGCUGGAAACAGAGGAGAACAGCAGUCUAAGGAUUAUGGACGCUCUGGCGGGUCAUCUGCAUCAGAUCCAGGUCAAAGCUCAAGAUGCUCUAAACAACUACAGCCAGUGGAGCGAGUGGAGUCAUGUUGUAGAAGCUCGCCCGUGGACCGACUCCUGGGAUGAGCCAACAGCGGAACCUUUUGAUAUUCCAUUUGUCGAAUCAUUUCCAGUCAGAGCAACCGAUAAGUCUCCAGAUUCAUCAGCAGACCAGAACGGAAAUCUUGGGCUGUUGGUUUUGCUGGGGCUGUUUGCGGCAAUCACGGUGGCUGUUUUACUGACCAUCAUAGCCCUUCUAUGGGUGAGACAAAAGAAACAAGACAUUGUGAAGAAUCAGGAACUGACCUCCAUGGUGAAGAUGAAGUCCGUACCGAUCUAAAAUUUGAGAAGUUGGCAUGAAUUCUGCGAUUCAGCUCUCAUAGGGCACCACGAUAGGGAGUCACCACAACACAAACAGACUACAGUACCCACAAUCCACCUCUCCUCUCGCUGCUCAAGGGAUGGGCUCCUUUCAGCGGAGCCACGAGUCGCGUGAACUGUGAAUGCGUACAGCUCGAUAAUGUAGCACAAUGCAAUAGAAAAACAUGACAAUUUCUGUCUUUCUUUUUUUCUUAUUUCUUUCUGUUGAAAGCAAAUUCUUGGGACAGUGAAAAAUUAUAUUUCGCAUAGUAUAUUUUUUUAUCACUCUUGCCUUCUUAUACAGUACUCAAUUUGUGACUCUUGGAAUGCUGUGAAAAGGCUUUGCAGUUGGUUGGAUUUGUGGAGCACAUAGGGCAUUAUGGAGCAAACAGUUUUGUCUGUGUAAGACAAACUCCCUCAUUGGCUGAACACGGGACUCUGUAACAUUCGGACAGCAGCUAUGUUUGGAUGACAGAAUGUUUGCUGUCUUGGCACUCCAUGAUGGACACAACGUUCUUUCCCUCGUUGCUUUAGAGACACAAGACUGCUUUGUAUCUUGUCCAGCAGAGGUCUUCACAAGAAGAACUAUUUCAUAACAGGUGGACAUAUCUUCAUUGAUCAUUUUUCUCAGACGUGGCAUUUCAUGUGCUAGUUAUCUAGUUGUAUUCCAGCAUGAUUAUCAAUACAGAAGACGCGCAAAUUCACCACAACCGUUGGUGAGCUGGCAAAGACCUUCAAAGCAAAGCACAGAUGACUUCAACAGAAAAAAACUGCCAUUGUCAGUGCAUCGAAUCAAGACAUGAAUGUAAAUCCGUCUUACAAUGUCAUAUGUACGCAUUUGUGAGGUGAAAUCUGAUUUCUUUGUUGAAGCUAAUACAUAUUCACGAUAAGAAAUGCUAUUGAAGCUUAUCUACACAUUUAUAUUGUUAUAAAUUCAUGCAGUUAAUAUCUUCUGUAGAUUUCUAUGCAUAUGUUUUUCUGGUGUGCAUUCUCCCCAGUAAUAUAAAGCUCAAAUGCAUGCAUUAUGUAAUUUUUUAUAAAUGACAAAAUAUAUUAUUUGAACUGUAAUUACAAACACAUUGCUACUAUUGUUCAUUCAAAUACAUUAUGCACCUUUAUGGUUGACAUGUAUAAAAGGAGAUGCAUAUCAGUAACCAUCGGUCAUUAUCUCAUCGUGAUGGUUCAAGUUUCCCAAUGUUUGCACAAUGUUAGCUAUUGAAUUUGGCUUCUUUUGUUUUCUAAAAAUUAAAAUGAGGCUCUUGGUUCUUGCUAAAACAUACUGUAGUUACUGUAAGUAGUUUGUUUUUAAUAGAUCUGACUUCAUCAAUUUUUUUAUUUUCUGGCAGUGUCAGCAACCGUGGGCAAAAGCCAAAAUGUUAUGCAUUUAUUUCUUUUUUUAUAGUUUCAUUAGGAUUUUAAUUUAAGAAGUUGUUGCAACAACUUGCUAACAAUCUAGCAACCUAACAUUUAGCGUAAGAUCGCACCUUCUUUUAAGGACCGAGUGCAAUGACUGAACAUCAUUGAUGCUGCGCCUUCCACAGAAAAUAUUUAUUUAUACAGACUUAUUUAGACCACUUUACUCAGCGAUUACAAUCAGGAUGUGAAGAGACUUUUAACCAGCAUAAAAAAAAACUUGUUGCUUAGUGUUAUUGUUUCUCAAUGCAUAUUUGCACCAUUGGCACGUAUUUGUGCCUUCCUCACUCAUUUCUAUCCCACCAGCGUAUUAUGGGACUACAGUAUUUAUGCUAAUACUGGCCAGAAAGAUUGGUGCUCUAAUGAUGUUACCCUUUAAAAUAUUAGACAUUCAAUCACCAGCAACUUUCCUUGCAAAUAUGCAAAGAAGCUUUUGUCAAUAAUUCAGAAGUUAUACAGGUGGUCAGUGUAUUAGUUUGUAGUGUAUUUGGUCAUAUAUGUGUUCCCUCUCUCAGAACUGGGUUUUGUAAAGUUUUGGGUUGGUUAAUGGAUGAUGUCAUGACAGCAGUUUGUGGUUUGUGAGAAACAGAAAUUUGUGUCUGCUUAUGGAGAAGUACAGCAGACUUUUCGUUCAAUAUAAAUACUGUAUGUAUCACAAGCCCCAAAUUACAAGAAACAUUUACAUAUAAUCUACUGUUGGCUGGAGAGACAAUAGAUACUUUUGGUCAUAAAAGAGUUUAUUACAGUGAGCUUUUUCCAUUUCGUGUUGCAUGCAGGAUGUAAAAUAGGGCAUAUUAGAAACAUUGGACUACUGUUGCCUGUUUAAAAAGCAUGUCCAUUGUAUGUAUAUACAUAUAUGAAGAGUUUGUUUCCAAAAUGAGAAAACUCUGUUUUUCAAUUUUUUCAAAAAUCAUGUUUUUUAUUAUCGUGUUUUUAUUGUAUUCGUUAGCUGUAUUUUUUGCGUUAUCAUGGCAAACCAACUGCAGUUUGAUUGAUAUAAUUUGGAAUGCACAAUAAAAAAACAUGAUUUGUGAGUUAUUUUGGAAAUAAACUUUUAUAUGCAAUUUUCCUGUACAACAUAAGCUGUUUUGUUAUCCUGUCCAUAUUUUUGUGAAAUAAAAGGUAUUUUAU